AUGUCGAUCCCGUCAACAUCCCCGUGUAGUGCAACAACAGCAGGCGCACGCCGCCAGCUUAGCACAGCAGGGCGAGGAGGACGCCGUCUCCCGGAGAGGAUCUUCGCUGGCUUGGUGGUGGUUGUUCUUGCUGCUUGGGGGCUAGUUUUUGGAGCGAUCACGCUGCUCCUUCUACCCUUCGUCGGCAUCGGCCUGUUUCUUUUACGGCGGAAUUUCCAACGCGGCGGAAUGUCGAGGAAUCUCGUCGCCCGAUUGGCCCAGAAGAUGGCGGAGCGAGGGGGCUCUCACGGUGGGGGUCUCGGUGGCGGCGGUUUGGGGGGUCCGAUGAUGGGAGGGGGUGGGGGCACCCCGCGGAUGCAAAGAUCUCCAACCGAGGGGGCACUGUCCUCUCUCUUUGCGCGGAUGCUGGGGGGCGGAAUCCGCGGCAUGCAGCUGGUGGGAGUCCUUCGCAGCGAGGUCGAGAAACGAGCGCUGCGGCACCCGGGCCUCUCAAGUGCCCUCGGGGGCGGCAUCGAGAACUUCUCCGACAUUGAGAUCUCCACCGUAGCCUCUGUCGGCGGCAACUCUUGGAACUCCGGAGGAGGCGGCGGCGACAGGCGGGGGGGAGAGCCUUCGAGGGUGGUUAAGGCGAAGCUGAGGUUUUCCGGCAGGAGGGCGGGCGCCGGGUGGGCGGAGGUGGAAGUGACAGAGUGGGCGGGCCGGGAGGAGGAGGAGAUGGAGUUCGACCGCAUUUUUGUGACGCUGGACAACGGGCGGACGUUUGACCUAACGAGCGACAGUUUUUCCGGUGACGAUCGGGUAGGAGAAGGGGCCAGCGGCGUUCGCUCCAGGAGAACGGUCAAGGGUAGGUCGACCUCGCCGCAAGGAUCGAAGAAGAAAGCGAGAGGGGAAGCCGGGGGGGGGCAGCCUGUGGAGGCGGAGUUCCGUGACAAGUAGCAGGCGUUCUUGGAUGUACUAAAUAGCAUGCUGCACGUAUCUUUUUUGACACUCCUUGUGUAGAUUGUCGAACUUUUUGAUGUGUGUCUGUCUCCUGCGGACGGAAGUGUGGUUGGGUGGGCGGGCAUACAAAGGAAGCCGGCGUCGCUGACUGACUUGAUUCCUCUCUAGUCGAAGGAAAUGGCCCGCGAGAGACAGAGAGAGAGACAGAGAGACAGAGAGAGAGGGAGAGAGGGCCGUAUCUGGCUGUUUGUGUUUUUAGGGUGAUGGGUGAGAUUAUUGCGUUUUG